AUGAUGAAAGCCGCCGAAGAUCUGAAACAGCAGCAAAUGCUCAAAGAACAGGAACGACAGCGUAUUCUCCAAGAGCGAAUCAUCCCGCUUCCAGACCUCGACGACUGCGAUGACCUUGAAGAAGUCUACGAUCAGAUGCGUGAACGUCUUAUUGUCUUGGAAAGUGAGAACUACGACGUAUCGUACAUUGUACGACAGAAAGAUUUCGAGAUCAACGAACUCACCAUCGCUGUGAACGAUCUUCGCGGAAAAUUCGUGAAACCAACACUGAAGAAGGUGUCCAAGACCGAGGGUAAAUUUGACAAAUUGAAGAAGAAGGAAGCCGCUAAGGUCGAUUUCCGUUCCAAUCUGAAACAGAUUGACAAAAAUCAGUUUGCUAUGGAAGAGGAAGGCAAAGAGAAAGCAAAAGCCGAUUGGGCAAAAUAA